GUCCUAACCUCCAAAUUCGAUUUGUUUACAUGGCUUAUCACCGAUUGUGGCACAGUAUUUCGUGCAAAGAUUUUUAUUAAUAUAGUGUCAUAAAAUAUCAUUGAAUCGAAUAAUAUUCUUCCACCUGUACUUGACUGAACCAUCGCUUGACCAUGGCGCCUCAAAAAGGUAAACAGGCAACUAAAGGCGCUAAACUCAUUGUAUCUGAAAACUCACUGACUCUAGAGUUUUACAAAAGGAUGAUCCUUGGAGCAAAUGCUGUGUUUCUUGUGGGCACAUACUUUUUAUCCAAUCUUUUUAGUUUUUGGAGCAUUGUUUUGCUUCUACUUGCCAAUGCUGCAUAUUUAGGCAGCUACAAAUUCAUGGAAAAAAUGGCUCAUCCAACUUAUUCGGACUCUGGACAAUUGAUAGACAGUGGUGUUGAUCUCAACAUGGAAGGUGGUUUAGCUGAGCAUGUGAAAGAUUUGAUCAUCCUAACUGCUGGAUGCCAAGGUCUGUCUGUGAUCUCCAGGUAUUUCUGGAUGCUGUGGAUUUUGGCUCCUGCAAGAGCUUUAUGGAUGUUGUGGACCAAAUUCCUUGGACCAUGGUUCUUCCAACAGCCAAGUCCUGCUGAAGAAGAACAAGAUCUGAAGAAGAAGAAAAAGCUCGAAAGGAAAAUGAAAAGAAUUCAUUGAUUGAAAGACUGAUAGCAGCUUAUAUCUAUCAAGUGUAUUACAAGGGUUUUUUUUUCCUUUCUUAUUUCUUUUUUCCAUAUGUCUGCAGAAGAUCUUUGUUCCUGCAGCUAAACUCAAAGAAUGGAAUCUGAUUAGUUUUUGGGGCUAAAAUUUAACUUUAAUUUCUAAAGGUGAUGGUUAUUUCUCCUCUUUUUUUAUCUGUAACAUCACUGUCAAUUCUUUUGGAUUUGUACCUGUUAAUUAUAAGCCUAAUUAAUCGGGGCAUCAACCAUCCAAAGUUUUCUAAAAUCUUAAAAUUCCGUAUUUCAGAGGAAAAUGUGUGAGUUCGGUGAUUUUUCCAAGAAUGGAAAAAAAAUUAAAGAAUACCCAUGGUAAUACCAAAUAUACCAAAGGUAAAAAUCUAGAAAUGUCUUCCUCAAUAAAUGACCAUACCUUACCAUCUCAUGAAAAUUUAUAAAGCCCUCCCUCACAACAAUGUUCUAUGGAUUCUCCAGACAGCUAACCUCCUCUAUCAUGCAAAUAUAAGUAUUGGCCCCAUCUGUUUCAUUUUAAAUGAGGCCGUAUCCUGCUCAUAGGAGAUCUCAGCAGUUUCAAAUUCUAACAGUUCCAUUGGGUGAGGCUAAACUAAUGUCAGUGAGAGAAAGCCAUCAUUUCAAGCAUCUUCCCUGAAUAAACAAAGUUCUUUGAGAAAGUGAUACAAGACGCUCAAAGGCAGGAGUGCUGGCUUCAUGGAUUUUUGUGCUGUUUAUAAAGGAAGAAUACAUAGGGCUUGAAGAAUAGUUUUGUCAAUACCUAUGUCUUUUGCUAUACUUCUGGUCUUGAUGAUAAUUUGAUAUGCCAUUUCAAAAUGCUCCUUGUGGUUAAAUGUACCUUGUUUUUGUCUGCUUUUUGCACGUUUCUCUACUUACAAUGCUUUAAUGAAUUCGGACGAGUUCCUUCAAGAUGAUGUGUCAUACUGCUGAUUAUGUUUUACCUUCUGUAAAUUGAUAACUGUAAAUUGGUACUGUAAUUCGUCACUCCUCUGAUGUAAGAGGGUACCUCUAUAUCCGUAUGAGCCAGAAAGCAUUGAGUCAUAAAGAGAACAGGACCUUACAUCAGAGGGGCGAUGUAAUGACACAUUACACUCUCUAGUAAUUUGUAACGCACUCUAUGAAUAAAAAAAAAUUCAUGUUAAGUAAGGGUUAGGGAAGAAACAAAGUAGAAAAAUCGAUGAUUAUCAUAUUAUUUAUUUAAAAUAUCUUUACUAUGACUUUAAUAAAACAUAAAUAAUUUCGAUUUCAUCUGAUUUCAAUUUUUGAUGAAAAAAGAGUGCCUCUGACAGAUGUUCCUUAACAUGACUACGUUGCUCUCCAUCUUCCUACCACUGUCUUUGAAGAUGAAAAUGCUCCAUAACUCAUAUUUUUCUGUUGGAUUUCUUGUUUUUGUUUUUGAAGAACUACUUCUGUUCCUUCUUUUUUCAAUUAUCUUCCUCGCAAAUUCGCGUUUCAGUAUUUAAGUUAAUCCAAGGACUUGUGAGCCUUUAGUCAUAGGAAAUACACAUGAUUGACUAGUGAGAAAUCACGAUAUCAUUUGUAAAGGACAAUUGAAUUGUUUGAUCAAGUUCCUAAUCAUCUGUGCACUCACAGCCAACUGGCUGUUCGAAAAACACUUUGUGUUGUCAUCUACGUACAUCCGUAAUUCCUAAGUAUUGAUUUGUAUAAACAUUUUUGCAAGAAAGUGGUAGGUGGUUCAGAAAAAUGUUAGAAAUUUUUUGUGAGACUACCAGUGGUGUAUAAAACUAAUUCUAUACGUGCAAAUUUGAAAAAUGCACCAGGUAGUUGCUUGAUAUAUCCACCAGACAAGGUCCAAUUUAAAAAAAAGGUCACUUGGUCUUUCCUCAAAAUCUUACAAAUAAAAAUGAUUCACAGAACAGGAAGUUCGGAAAUCAACUCCUGCACGAGGUAUGAACAAGUAUUUUUAAUACAGAUCAAAUGGGAGUUGGAUGGCACUGAUGAGCCCAUUGGUAUUUUUGCCAUUCAAGCAAUGCUCUAAUUGUAUAUCCCUAGCACACUGUUUAGGAGUUGAUUUUCAGACUGCUCGUCGCGCCAUUCAAUUUCCUUGUCAAAUCUUGAAGAAAAAAAACAUAUUAUUAAGUGCUUCAAUUCAUGCCUUGUUUUAAAGUCCACUGAUCGUGAGUUUGAACUGAGCAAAGUGAUUAAAAAAGUGUCGCUGAUUUCUGUAAGCGCAUGUGCGGAGACAAUCUGUUGUCUUGGUGUUAGCAUGAAUCAUGUAAUUGUAUGAAUAAUCUUAUUGUCAAUGGUGGAGAAAUUUUCUAACCCAAAAUCUGGAUUCAGAUGUUUUUACUUAUCGUUUAUGUACCUACCACUUGCAGCCAAUGUUUUGGUUGUUUAGCAUUCAGAAUUGGAUUAAUUGAAAAAUACAUGUAUUGUUUUUUUAUUGUUUUAAAAA